GAGAGUAGGCUCGUAACCGGACCGCGCGAGAUCGAGGAGGAGGACUCGGUCUCAUUUAACCAUCAGCCGACACGCGCUCCUAAAUCAGACUUCAGCGACUUAAUGUAAUACAGUGUACAUCGACAAAGUGAAAGAAACGACUCUUCCUCACCGGCAUUCUUUGGAUUAUUCAUUCAUCAUGUGGAAGUGUUUCGCGUGCAUUUUUAUCUAAAUAAUUCUCCUGUGUAUUAGAAAGCUAAUGAUUAAUGGCAACUUAAGCCCUUUAAAAGAGAGUGAGAGAAAGAGAGAAGAAACAGUCCUCCUUUUUCAGAAUGUGUGGACCGACAGCAGAGUCAUGUCUGUUGUGGAGAUUCAUGGGGCUACUGUGUGUUUUGGCCAAUAUUACACACAGAAGCAGCAGCUGCCCCUCAUCAUGUGCAUGCUACGCUCCGUCAGAAGUUCACUGCACAUUCAGAUACCUGAGUGAAAUACCCAGGGACAUUCAGCCAGCUGUUGAAAGAAUUAACCUGGGGUACAACAGUUUAUCAACUCUUAAAGUGAAUGACCUCUCUGGACUAAAAAACCUGGAGCUGUUAAUGCUGCACAGUAAUAUUAUCAAGGCUGUUGAGGACGGCUCGUUCCAUGAUCUCACAUCUCUGCAGAUUCUGAAAAUGAGUUAUAACAGAAUUGAGAAGCUCAACAAGGACACAUUCAAAGGCCUGGACAAUCUUGUACGUCUUCAUAUGGACCAUAAUCACAUUACCUUCAUCCACCCAGAGAGUUUUUAUGGAUUAAGAAUGCUGCAGUUGAUCAACCUAGAGGGAAACCUGCUCCAACAGCUUCAUCCAGACACUUUUAUAUCACUGCGGUUCAGCCAGAUUUUGAAAUGGUCAUCUCUCAAGACUAUUUACUUGUCAGACAAUGCUUUAACCACAUUGCCUGCAACCAUAUUUUCUGGCUGCAACAAGAUAGAGAAUCUCUUCCUUAGUGGAAACCCCUGGUCAUGUGAUUGUCGGAUGGGUUGGCUUGAACAAUGGCUAGAAAAACACCCUGGUGUUCUAAAAUGCAAAAGAGACAGGAAGUUUCUCAAAGAACAGUGUCCCAUAUGUGAAUUCCCAGUUACCCUGAAAGGCAGCAGCAUUGUGCAUUUGCAAAGAGGUCGCUACACAUGCAGCAGACCUUGGAUUCAUCCUCACUUGAAACAGAACAAUUUUACCUUGGAUGAUGGUGGCUAUACCUUAGUGUCUCCUAAAGAUUUUGUUGAACCCAUUGGCAUGUUGGAAAUGAACAUCACAGAUCAAUUCCACAACAAUGCCUGGAUAGCAUGUGUUGUGCAGCGACCUACAGGAAUGGAAAACUUAACUGCAAACUUUGGACCAAAUGGAAAAUAUUUAACUGGCCUUAGUGCGAUAAUUUCUACAUCGUUGGUCUGCAACAUUGAUUACGAUAAUAUACGCCAGAUUUGGAAUAUUUUGGCUAUGUAUAGCGAGUCCCCGAUGAGACUUGAGCGAGAAGAACUACUUUCUCUGCAACCAGGCACAGUUUACACAUACAAGCAAGUAGCAUCAACGGAAGAUGAUAUUUUUACAGAAAUUAAAGCAAAAAUGAAAGCCAAUCAUGAAUGGUUAAUGCAAAGUACAGUCCUACUACAGCUGGACCGCAUCACAACAACAUUUCCAAACCUUACUAUCAAGUAUUUAUCCAAUGUUCAAAUAGAUGUUGACAUCAGCAAGGAAAGAGGAGACCAGUAUGGUUGGGCAAUGAUUAGAACAGACAAUGAGACCAAGACUGAACACUCAGUCCUUGCUGGUGGAGUGAUUGAAUUGAACUGCCAGACCUUUGGGGAUCCUAAACCCAUUAUAGAGUGGACUCUUCCAGAUGGAAGUAAGUUACGUGCACCUUACAACAGUGAGGAUCAAAGGGUCAAAGUUGCUUAUGAUGGAAGGCUUACUUUAAAAUCUGUUGAAAUCUCAGACACAGGUGUCUAUCACUGCAUUACAACUAACUCCCUGGAUGCAGAUGUUCUUGCAUUCAGAGUCACUGUGCUUCCACAGAAUAUUGAAGAACAAGAGAUUAAUGGGAUCCGAAUCUCUCGUACCCUUGGUCAGAACCUGCGACUAGAUUGUACAUCUGCCAGCAGUCCAAAGGCUUCUGUUCAGUGGAUACUUCCUGACCACACAAUUUUAGACAAGUCAUAUGGCAACAGAAAGCUCUACAGAAAUGGCACUUUGGUAAUACAUGGACUGACAUCCAGCGACAAAGGAUUUUACAGAUGCUUAGUUGGAAAUUUUCUGGGAGCAGAUUUGCUAGCUUCUCAUGUAACUGUUCAUGGUGAUUUGUCAAACAGCACAGAGCCAAAGGAAUCUGGAGAUCAUGUUGUACAAAUUAUAGAUGAUAGCCAGAAACUUGGAAGCAGGUAUCUCUCUCGCAGGGUUAGUGAGGAGUCAAGAAGAAUUACCUCAGGGAGACCAUACACUUUGCUACAGUCCAGAUUUCAUAAAGUUCCCACUGGCAGAAGAGGAAAUAGAAGGAACUCGGGAAGAGUCUUUAAUAAAAAGUACCUAAAAGAAGAUGCCACUUUUAUCGAUAUGUCUCAAAUGAAAGGAGCAAAUAAAAAGACAAUGAGUUUAGAGGUGUCUAAAACAUUAUCUGAUGACAAUGAUGCAACCUCAGGGGAUGGUAUAUCUGAAGAUGAAUUUAUUGUAAUGACAACUAGUCAAACACUUGAGCAUAGCACCAUUAAAAUCACAGAUGUUAAAAUCCCAGAGACUUACAAAGCAGGCCACAGUAGUGGCAUGUUAAGAGCAAAUGAGAAAACGAAUUUGGUUACAACAACAUCACAUUCUCACACUCAGACACCUGUUACCCCAAUAAUUGCCACUUCUACUUUGAGUAAUUAUGGGACAACCCUGAAUACAACCAAGUCAGAUUACGUAUUAAGUCAAAGUGUUGUUAAAACCCACAUAUAUGAGAAAACAACAAACAGACCUUCAGAAGCUGCAGAACUUCUCUUCUCUGGGGAUUCAGAAGAUAUUACUACUGCAACAACACCACUUUACAACUCCCAGGGCCCAAAUGUCACUUCCUUGGAACCUAAGAGUCAGGCCAUAUUCACAGCAGUCACCACAACCAAGGAAGAUCACUCAAAGAUCACAUUUCAAACCACUCAAAGAAUCAAGUCAGAGCUCCUCCCUGGGUCCACCAUCAUCUCCAAACACCAAAUACAAAUUGUUCCCUCCACAAAGAUGCGAUCAGGAAAGAAAGGUAACUUUCAUGGAAGACGUAGGAUCAUUCGGCCCAGCAAAAUUACAGACAUGCAAUCAUUACUCAAUAAAUUCAAACACCUUUCUAUAAACAAGGAAGGCAAUCUCACAUUUUCACACACUGUGGACAAAAUCACAAUAUGUGGCGAUGGGAAAAGAGUUACAUCUAGAGUGUCUACAGAUAAAUGCAAAACAGUGGAUCAAAGCCCAGUCAACCAUACAGCUAGGUUUCACAUGUCAUCUUCGUCUUUGACAGUAACAGAAAAACCUGUCAUGACAACUCGUUUAUCAGACUCUGAAAAGAUUUACUCUGUUACUGAUUCACAAAUGUCAGUAACUAUUGUGCCCACCAUUUCUGAGGAUUCAAGUGAUUCUAAAGAUUAUUUCAAUUCAGUGGAAAAAGAACUAACUUUCACAACCACAUCCACAAUGACAAUGUCUUCUAAAAUCACAGAGGAUAAGAUUCAGUGGCAUAGAAAGUUUAGAAACAAGGGGGAAAUUAAAGAAACCCUUAGCAAGCAUCAAGCAUCAAACUCAUUUACACUUCCCACUAAUAAAGAACAGAGGACCUCAGCAUCCACAGAAAAACCUUACAAGGCAACAACAACAACAACAACAACAGUACCUACUACAGAACUUAAUCAUACACAUAUGAUCGUCUCUCCUCCAAUGACAAGAACAAAUUACAAUAGUCCAGAGACAUCAUUUGAAGACUCAUCAGGUUCUUUCUCCUUUAUAGAAACAAAUUUCUCAGGCAAUGUCAUAACCCCAUCUACAACCGCUGAGUUUUUCAGCUUUCCAGCCUUACGUGAGCUGUCCACAACCACAGAGCCAAUGGGAGUUUCUCAAACUCUAGCAGCCCCACCAACAAUGCAAACUAAACUAAAGCAAGACACUGUUCGCAAUAAGUUCUCAGGUAAUCAAAAUGGAUUGUGGCGAAAGCAAAAGCCUGGUUAUCACAGACGAGGCUCCAGAAGGAGAAGGCCCAUUAAAAAAUCAACCACAAAAUCCCCAGUUAUCACAGUGGCUAAGAAUGCCAACACACCAGCCACCACCAAAUCCACAACUACAACUUCACAAACUAAGCACAGUGGUGCAAUAUUAAGGUCUUUGCAUACACCCCUUGAAGAACCAGAGAGGUCUCCUUUACCUGAGAGUACUGGUUCAGGUGAGGAAUGGAGGGACUCUAAUAUGUCUUCUACCACCAGUUUCGCAGAGGUCAUUACUUUGACCACUAAACCAACUACAGCCUCUGAUAAACCUCAGAGUAGUACAGUUACCUCAGACACAAUGACUAGUUCAACUACAUAUAUGUUCACUCCAUUUCCAUAUGGUAGUAGUACUGUCAAUCAGAAUACAUUCGAUCACUCUACAAGGUAUGACACCUCAUCUUUGAUUGACUAUUCUAUUACCUUCAAGCCAAGGAUUAAUGGUGGAAAAGCUGCCAGUUUUACUGUUCUGUCAAACUCUGAUGCUUUCCUCCCCUGUGAGGCCACUGGCAACCCUGAGCCCAUCAUCAGCUGGAACCGAUUCUCAUCUACUACAGGUAAUAUGUUGACAAUUAAAGGUAAAGUGGGUAAAUUUGAGGUUCUGAAGAAUGGAACAUUGUUCGUCCAAAAAGCAAACAUUAAAGACCAAGGACAGUACAUUUGUUUUGCCCAGAACGAGUAUGGCUCUGACAAGCUUGUGGUAACAUUGUCAGUUGUAGCCUAUCCCACCCGGAUACUGGAGAAAAAGAUGAGAGAUAUCAAGGUUCUUGCUGGGAAAACCGUGCAUUUGGAAUGCAGAACAGAGGGCAGACCAGUGCCAAUUGUGUCAUGGAUUCUACCUAAUCACACUGAAGUUAAAGGUUCUAUCACUGAGCCUGGCAGAGUAACAGUAACCACCAUGGGGAAACUAACCAUUCAAGAGGUGUCCGUUUUAGAUCGUGGACAUUAUAAGUGUAUUGCAAGUAAUCCAGCUGGUGCUGAUACAGCCACUGUUCGUCUACAGGUGUUAGCAGCACCACCUGCAAUACUGGAAGAAAAAAAGCAGCUGGUGAGGGCUAAUAUUGGUCAGAAUCUCUUUUUGGCAUGCAGCACUAAUGGUGACCCACAACCCACAACACACUGGGUCUUACAUAAUGGUACAAUAGUACACCCUCUAACUUACUCACACACUAAAGUUUCUGUUUUUGGAAAUGGUACACUUUACCUGAGGGAUAUACAAAUAGCUGAAAGUGGAAAAUAUGAGUGUAUUGCAACAAGCUCUACAGGAUCAGAACGGCGUGUUGUUACUCUGUCUGUGAAGAGGACAGAAACUGCCCCUCAGAUCACCAAGACAUCACAACAAAGAACAGAUGUAAUAUAUGGUGGCCGCCUUCAUUUGAACUGCUCUGCAGUUGGGGACCCAAAACCUCAGAUUAUUUGGAGGCUUCCUUCCAAGGCACUAGUAGACCAGUCACAAAGAAUGGGCAGCCGUAUCAAAGUCCUGGAAAAUGGUACCCUCAUCAUUGAAUCAGUCAAUGAAAAAGAUGCUGGGGACUUCCUCUGUGUUGCACGCAACAAAGUUGGGGAUGAUGUACAACUAUUAAGAGUGUCAGUAUCUAUGAAACCAGCUCGGAUUGAACCAAAUGUCUUUAGCAGGAAGCAAGUGCUUUACGGCAAUGACCUAAAAGUGGACUGUGUGGCUGCUGGUGUCCCCAUGCCAGAGAUAUCUUGGGGACUUCCUGAUGGUACCUUGGUGAAUAGCGCCCUGCAAGCAGAUGGAACAGAAGGCGAUCAGUUCAAACGGUACACAUUGUUUGAUAAUGGAACACUGUUCCUGAAUGAAGUGGGUUCUGAUGAAGAAGGUGAUUACACAUGUUAUGCUGAAAACAAACUGGGUAAGGACAAGAUGCAUGUUCACAUAAGUGUGGUAACUGCAGUGCCUCGCAUUCAGCACACAAAUCUCUCCUAUGCCAAAGUGAAGCCCAGUGGAAACAUUCGCUUUGACUGUAAGGCUAUAGGUGAGCCUAAGCCAAAGGUCUUUUGGAUGCUUCCGUCCAAAGACAUGAUUGCUGCAUCUAAUGAGCGUUAUUUAGUGCAUGCUAAUGGUUCCCUUGAUAUACGAAAUGUUAAAUUAGCUGAUGCUGGGGAGUAUGUCUGCAUGGCUCGUAAUGCUGCAGGGGAGGAGAAUAAAGUAUAUAAACUAGACAUUGAUGGGAACCCACCCAUCAUCAAUGGCUUCAAUCAAAACAGAACUGUGAUAAAAGAUACAGCAGUCAAAUAUACUAGAAAGCUAAUAGACUGUAAAGCUGAAGGGUAUCCAGUUCCAAAGAUCACAUGGAUCAUGCCUGACAAUAUAUUUCUUACCGCACCCUAUUACGGAAGCAGGAUUAAUGUCCAUAGCAAUGGUACACUAGAGAUCCGUAAUGUUAGGCCAUCAGAUUCAGCAGAAUUUAUUUGUAUGGCUCAGAAUGAUGGAGGUGAGGCGGUUAUGUUGGUUCAACUAGAAGUGACAGACACGCUUAGGAGGCCUAUUUUUAACAACCCUUUUAAUGAGAGAGUGGUGACUCGGGUAGGGAAAACUGCAGUGUUAAACUGUUCUGCUGAUGGGCAACCAAUGCCUGAGAUCACAUGGACACUCCCCAAUCGAUCUCGGUUCAGUGGAACACCUGGGUUCAAGGCCUCAAGAUAUCAUCUGGGUACGGACGGCACAUUUGUUAUUUAUAACAGCAGCAUAGAGGACACUGGUAAAUACCGUUGUGGUGCAAAAAACAAAGUGGGCUAUAUUGAGAAGCUGGUCAUUUUUGAGGUGAUUCAUAAGCCUUAUAUUCUAACACGGCCAAAGGGGAUUAUCCGAGUGAUUUCUGGACAGUCCCUCUUCCUACAUUGCUUGACAGAUGGAAUCCAGCCCAGGAUUUCUUGGACCACGCCAGGAGGUUUUGUGCUUGCACGUCCACAGAAAAGUGGACGUUACCAUUUGAUGGACAAUGGGACACUUGUUGUACAUGAGACGAUCAUACAUGAUCGUGGCAAUUACAUGUGCCGAGCAAAGAAUGAUGCUGGUGAGGCGGUUCUUUCUGUGCCUGUCGUAAUUGUUGCAUAUCCACCCCAGAUCACUAAUGGGCCACCACCAACUGUGAGAGGAGUGGCUGGAGUUUCUGUUUAUCUUCAAUGUGUUGCUAAUGGAGUGCCUACACCAGAGAUAACCUGGGAGCUACCAGAUCGAUCUAUUCUUUCUGCAACUGGAAAGGAACGAUCUCUGGGCAGUGAGCUUCUCCACGCACAAGGAACUCUUAUAAUACGAAACCCCACAGGAGCGCAUUCUGGAAAUUACAAGUGUAUAGCCUUUAAUUACCUGGGCAGAGAUACCAGAACAACAUAUAUGACAGUAAUAUAACAUUGGUCAAGACUUCAUGACCACUGGGAAUAUUCAAAAGGCAAGCUUAAAAAAAAAAAAAAAAACUUGGGUAGCACUUUAUAUGAAGACUGUAUUUAUAACGCAUUAAAAGGAUAUCCUUAAGGCAUUAUAAUGAAUGGAUAAUGCAUUAUAAAAAAAUUAUAAUGUGUUAUAUCAACUCAUGAAUA